CCACAGCCAAUCAAAAAACAGCUAACCUGCACGAGGAAGCGCGGUCGAGUAUUAAAGAGUGGACCCGCACAGUUGUUUGUGGGUCAGUGUUGUGGUGCUAGUGACAGUUAUAAACAGUGACUUGGUUGUAGGUAAGGAUGAAGGCACUACUGCUGCUGUUUUUGGCUUUUGGGUACGUCGGCUCCUCCGUGUACUCCUCAUGCUCCCAGUCGCCAUUAAACUGGUGUUCAUCUGUUGACUCGGCUGUUGAGUGCGGGGUUUUGAAGUCGUGCCUUCAUUCCAACUACACAAAGUCCCAACAGACAGACGAUCCCGUUGAGGUGGGGCUUUACUACGAGAGUCUGUGUCCUGGGUGCAGACAGUUUCUCGUUAUGAUGCUCUUCCCCACAGCGGUCCUCCUGAAUGACAUCAUGGUUGUUAACCUGGUGCCUUUCGGCAAUGCCCAGGAGGUCAAACAGGAUGAAAAGUACGUCUUUACUUGCCAGCAUGGAGAACAGGAGUGUCUGGGCAACAUGAUUGAGACUUGUUUGAUGAACAUGUCCAAGAUGGCUUUUCCAAUCAUUUUCUGUAUGGAGUCCUCCUCUGAUGUCAUCAAUUCAGCCAAAGCUUGUACUGGAGUCUAUGACCCCACUUUGAGCUGGGACAAAGUCAUGAGCUGCGUCAAUGGUCCUCAAGGAAACCAGCUGAUGCACCAAAAUGCCUUGGAGACGGCUGCCCUGAAACCUCCGCACCAGUACGUGCCCUGGAUCACCAUUAAUGGGGAGCAUACAGACGACCUGCAGGACAAAGCCAUGAAUUCUCUCCUCUCUCUCGUCUGCAGCAUGUACAAGGGCACUAAGCCUGCGGCCUGCGGGGGGAGCCAGAUGCACUACAAAACUUACUGCCAGAAAGUGUGAAUGAGCAAUUCUGCACAUGCCUGUUUACUAGCCAGGUGUGGCCUCUAAACAAGAAACACUGAAAAAUGUCAUCAAAGAUUUUAUUUUUCUUUUUGUGUAUUUGAACUUUGUUUCUAAGAAUUUGAUCACUUCACUUUUGUAAUUCCAAAAUAUAAAAACACACCUUACCUUCUUAA